AUGUCAGCCAUCCUAUCUGCUGACGACCUGAAUGAUUUCAUAAACCCCGGCGUGGCAUGCAUCAAACCGGUUGAGACUCUCCCCAAGCAGCAGCCGAUCGAUGGCGCGAAUCCCUACGAAGUCACGACGGAGGAAAAGGUGAAUGCCGGCACUGCACCACCCGCCCAGAUAUCUCUGACAGACUGCUUGGCCUGCUCGGGUUGCGUCACCAGCGCCGAAGCAGUUCUCGUGAGUCUGCAGAGUCAUAAUGAAGUACUGAGUACACUGGAUCGCCACCCCGAGCUGCCGUUGUCGUGGCCCUCAGAUGGGAAGCAGGAUGGACAGAGUACGAACGAAGAUGGCAGAGUGUUCAUUGCGAGCGUCUCGCCGCAGUCAAGAGCGAGUCUGGCGGCGACAUACAACAUCUCGGAGCGCGAAGCGGGCUACAUGAUUGCCCAGCUGUUGAGUGGCCCGUACGGCCUGCGAAGUGGUGGCGAGUACGGCUCGGGAUUCACGUGGAUCGUGGACACCAAUGUCAUGCGCGAGGCAUGUCUGGUUGCGGCCGUGGAGGAGGUGCAAGAGGCGCUAUCGUCUUCGGACGCCCCGAAGAAGCCAGUCUUGACAUCUGCGUGUCCCGGCUGGAUCUGCUAUGCAGAAAAGACGCAUCCACACAUUCUGCCUCAUCUCAGCAAGAUGAAGUCGCCGCAGGCCCUCACUGGCACCCUCCUCAAGUCUGUACUGGCGAAACGAUAUGGAAUCCCAGCGAGCCAGGUAUGGCAUCUGGCCGUCAUGCCUUGCUUUGACAAGAAGUUGGAAGCUUCGCGUGGUGAGCUCACGUCGCAUGCUUGGACGGGAGAUGAAGAGAAGGCGGUACGAGAUGUGGAUUGUGUAAUCACAGCCCGCGAGUUGCUCAUGUUGGCCGAAAGUCGCAACAUUAGUUUUCCCUCCUUACCGCGGGAACCACUGUCGCAGCAAUUCACGACCGCAUUUCCAGAUCCGACUAUCGACCGAUUGCUCUUUGGACGACGCCGCGCACGCAAACGCAAGCGAGAGGAGGUUUCUAGCAUAGGCACGUCUGGAGGCUAUCUCUAUCAUGUACUGAAAUCACAGCAAGCGCGACAUCCUGGCUCAACAAUCAGCACGCAGAGAGGUCGGAAUGUUGACGUCUCCGAGUAUUCCGUGCUGAGUCAAGAUGGCACACCGGUGUUCAAAGCAGCACGGUACUACGGCUUCCGAAAUAUCCAGAACCUCGUGCGACGUCUCAAGCCUGCGAAAGCCAGUCGUAUGCCGGGUGCAAGUCGCAAACCGCUCGGUGGACAGCGAAAGCCUGUUGCGAAUGGCGGCACUGGAGGCAACGACGGGGAGUACGCAUAUGUCGAAGUCAUGGCGUGCCCUGGAGGAUGCACCAAUGGCGGCGGGCAGAUCAAGGUUGGAGAUGUCGCAACGUUGAGACAGGUGGGAGGGACUGGUAUCGAGAAUGGCAGUGUGGAGCAGGAAGUCUUACCGCUGCAGAGGGAGUGGUUGGAGAAAGUGGACGAGGCGUAUUGGAGUGCGGAGUCUGCCGAUGACGAUCCGCAACCUGAGCAUGCAAAUGGCGAUGUUGAUAUGGGCGGGACGAAUGGGAGCGGUGGGCCAGUUGUCAUCGACGGCAUCGACGUACGAUACGUCAAGAGCAUUCUGGACCAUUGGAGCGACAUCACCGGCGUGGAGCUGGAGAAGCUGGUACACACCACGUACCGGGUGGUGGACAGCGACGUGGGCAAAGAGAAAGGUGGCGGCAGCGACAUGGAAAGGGUAUCUGCCUUGGCGGUUGCACAAGGUGGCGGUUGGUGA